AUGGAUCAGGGUUGGUUAUUGGUUGCACUGACAUCGCUGAUAACGUUUCUGGGUUGUUGUGUUAUCUACACAGACGUCAUCUACAAAUUUCUCUUCCCCAAAAGGGCGUCGGCAAAGCCAUUCAGCAUCUCGCAUGAUACAAACUUCCUCAUCUGUUCGUUGGCUCUGUCAUCCGGCUGCCUCAUAUUUACAUCAUUGUACAAACUACUGCCCAAAUCACACAGUUAUUUGAGAGAGAUACCAAAACUCAGGGGAAAUAAUCAUCUGCUCAAACUUACAGAAUAUUCAUGCUACUUGGCAGGUAUCGCAAUAUGCUCUUUGAUGAAUGUGAUUAUCCACUUAUUGACGAAUGAAAGUUUGGUUCAUUGUGCACAUGAUGGUGCAGACGAUCAUAGUCAUUCCCAUCCCCAUUCCCGGUCACAAGUACAUUCUCAUUCUCAUAUAGGUCAGAAUGGCGACAACGAUUUGGAAUCUCUAAACUAUUCCCUUUCCACUCAUAAAAACUCCGACGACCACCAUUCCCAUAGCCAUAUCCAUUCUCCACAUGAGGAUACAUCAUCUUCUUCAGAUGAACAGAAGGUCCACGGAGACAAAACAAUUAUUGAGGCAUCAAAUUCCCAAUCGUCCUCACCACCAAAAGAUCCACACGAUUUACAUCCAGCCUCUGAGGUAUCUAAUGUGGUGCCCCGUCCGACUAGAGCUAAAUCCACCGGUAAUGCUCACCCAGAAGAAAUUGAUCCGCUAAUUAAACCUAGCGUUCAUGGUCCUAAAAAAAUCAUAUCUUUGAUGGAUUUGUCAUUGAAAACCUUGAAAGGGGAGACUAUGACAGGCAAGUGCUAUGGAGACAUAGAUUGCUGCACAGAUGAGAUUUUGGCUAAUAAUCAUUUACACCAACAUAAGCCUAAAAAACUUUAUUUCUGCACCAGACCAUCAGAGGAGAAUCUGUUGUUUUUCCCUGACAGAAAGCAUAUGAUUACGGACAGAACGGAGUUGGCUUCAAGGUAUCCAGAUUUGGAAAUACACUCUCCAUUGAUUGCUAAGGAUCGCACAGGUGUUUCCAAGAUAGUCCAUCCCGUUUUUCAGGAGGCGACGAAUAAUUUUCAGCAGCAACAUCGUGCUUUGCAGUAUAGUGUACCAGAUGAUGCAGCAAUCAAUAAAGCAAUCCAAGGCAAAGCAAAUGACUUCAGCCAUAAUAUUGGGCAGCAGCUGAACGCUCAUUCAACAGCUGAAAAUGCAGGAUCUGCCCUUCUUAAUACUCCAAAUCAAGUACCACAAUAUCACAGUAUAAGUUCUCCUGCGCUGGGUGAAUCUUUCUAUUCUGCUGGUCACCUUUCCCUCAGUCAUAAAAACACCCACGAAAGAGAAGAUUCACUUUAUGAAGUGGAGGAAGAGGAAGGGGAAGAGGAAGAAGAAGAAGAAGAGGAAGAUGGCGAUUCUCAUAUCACACAUCACCAUCAUAUAAAAACCCCGCUUUCGAGAUUACUAUCUAUUGGGUUGCAAACUAUAAUGGCUAUUACAUUACAUAAGUUCCCUGAAGGUUUCAUCAUGUACUCUACAUCAAGAACUAACCCUGAGCUUGGCAUGUCUAUUUUUUUGUCAAUGUUCAUACACAACUUUGUUGAAGGCUUCACCAUGACGCUUCCAAUAUAUAUUGCAUUGAACUCUAGGGCAAAAGCUUUAUUGAUAAGCGGAACAUUGGGAAGCUUGAGCCAACCUAUUGGGGCAUGCAUUGGAUAUUAUAUGUUCAAGGAUAAAAAGGACAUGAACGAUCCAUUUAGCAUUGUUUUGGUGGGUGUUCUUCUUGCGAUCACUUCUGGGUUUCUUACCUUUAUUUCUCUACAGAUGUUUGCUAGCGCCAUUGGGUUUGGUGGAAAACAAGAGAAGGUACUCAAAUGGAGUUUCUUCGGAAUCUUUUUGAUUUGCCUGAGUAACAUCCUUCUAUAG